AUGGCGAAGGAGGCGGUGUCCUUAGCCUCUUUUUGGGCCCGGUGGAAGGAAAUCUGUGGGGUUGAUUCGUCGGCGUAUGAUGUGGCCUGGGGUACUCGUUCUGUCGAGGCGUUUCUUUCUUACCAUGCGGACGCCCGGCCGUUGAAUGGUUGUGCCGUGCUCUUCAGCUCGCAUCUGCUUCUCUGUGAGGCGGUGGGGGCCAGAGUGGUGUUUUCGGUGGCGCUGCUGUCCGUGCGGGGGAUGCGGUGCAGUGGGCAGCUGGAGCUUUCACGGAACUCCUUUGACGACGAGAACUCAGGCAGAGGAGCGGUGGCGCGGAGGAGUGUCUCGCUGGAUAUUUUUCUUGACGGCGCUGCGGUGACGCUGCGGAUGAUGGGCGUUGAGGGGGAGCAGUUUGCCCGUGUUGCGCUGCUUCUGUGGCGGAUGAGUCACGGGGAAGCGAAGAUGGAGGCAGUGGCGGUGGGGACUCCGUUGCACCACCCCGGUGACGCCGUCUACGCGCUGGCAGGGGCGCCUGUGCGGCUGUCCGCGACCGUCGUGCAGUGCGUGACAGGUGAGUCGUGCCGCAUGCUGGACGCUGGUGAGGCCGUGGAGAUUGCCAUGCUGAACGAACGGGAGGUGUGCAUUGCGCGGCGGCCACGCACGGCGGCGACGUUUUGGCGCGACUUUUACGGCAGUCAUUCGGAGGAGCUGCAGAUACUACCGGUGGAGGGUCUGUCCGCGUUGGUGGCCCCAUUUAGCACCACCGUGCGGCUUGUGGGGUGCCGCGGCGAGACGUGGAUGUUCGCGAUCGCCGACCCUGCGACGAACUUCACCGUACGACACGCAUUGCAGCGGUUCAUUGAGUUGUUUCUGCUGGGGAUGAUGCGUGGGUGGCGCGGCGGCGCGGUGGAUGCCGUGGAGGCCUGUCACCGACUCCGCUACUUUGACCUUGCCGCUCUGUACCAGCAGUACUGUGCCAUGGAUGCGGAAGGGGCUGGCUACCUCCUUUGCUCUUCGCUGGAGGCGGCGAUGGGGCCACUCCUCGCGUGCGACUCGCGCCUGGUACGGGCGAUGUGCUGCCACGACGGCGAUGGCGACGACGGCAAGGUGAGUCUGCCCAUGUACUUGAACCACAUGCGUGUUCUGCUGCAUGGGAGCGUGGCUGAGCGGACCAGGGUUGCCUUUCGUGCCUUCGGCGGCGACAUGUGCGGCGGUGCGACGGCGGGCCUGCACGAGAUGCAUGGGGCUGCACACGAGAAGGGGAAACCAGAGCAAAGCGGCCUCGUUCGCUUGAUGGACUUUAAGCUUAUUCUGCGCGACAUUCUUGCCGGCCUCGCCUACACGCCCGCGAACGCGGAGGAGUCCGUCGACGACGCUGUAAACCGCAUCCUGGCAUCGGUGCAUGGCGGCGGCGGCGAGGGCGAGGGUGACACCGCGACGGUGUCCUUUCAAGCUUUCCUACCGGCCUACACACUCCUGGUGGGGCUGCUGGGGGCGGGGGAGACAUGGGGGUGCGAUGUGGCACCAGUCUGUGGAACGCCGCACCCGCUGCUCGGCAUUGGCUCGGCGCACUGGGUGCUGCUCACGUACAUCAUGACGGGGGUGGAGAUUUCGGUCCGUGCCGCUGUGGCUGCGGAGGACUGCGGCAACAAAAACACGUUUGUUCUCACCGUUGGGUCCUCAACCAUCGCGGAGGUCGCCUCCGUGCAGGGCGUCGGCGCCCUGCCGGUGGCGCCAAACUUCUUCCAGAAGCGCUUCGCACCCCUCCAGGGUGGCCGGGCGACAUUCACCGACUUCAGCCCGCUCCUCUUUGCCUCCGUGCGGCGGCGCUUUGGGAUUACGGUGGAGAAGUUGCUGAGUGCCUUGGGCAUCAACGCCCUGCGGGCCCGCCUGCUUCUGGGGUAUUUCUGCGUCCCGCGUGUCCUGCGAAGCAGCAGCCGCAGCGGCGCGUUGCUGCUCAGCAGCCACGAUCACCGCUUUAUCCUGAAGCGUGUGACGCACGCCGAGUCGCGCACGCUUCGCGGCCAGCUUCCCGCGUACGUUGACCACCUAGACCGCCACGCUCACACCCUUUUGCCGCGGUACGCCGGCCUCUACGCGCUGUGGCGGGGCGGCGAGAAGACCAUCGUCGUCAUUAGCGAAAACGUCUUUGCGUUCGCUCAGCUCCCCGUCGCGGAGGUGUACGACCUGAAGGGCUCUACGAUGCAUCGCACCACCGCCGCCGAGGAUCGCCGGCACGGGGCCGCGGGAAAAGACAACGACUUCCUGGCUGACAAAAAGCAGCUGCACCUUUCCGCUGAGGCACAGCGGGCGCUGUUGGCGCAGCUGGAGGCGGACACUGAGCUGUUGAAUAAGGCAAACAUACUUGACUACAGCCUUCUUGUGGGGAUAUACAGUGGCGAAGCAGGCUGGAGCUCGACCCCGGAAGCCGUGGAGCUUGCACAGCGUCAACGGCAACGGAUGGAAAAACUAGCUGCGGCUCUCGGCGCGCCGCCUGCACAGCCGUUGGAGAGUGACCCCGACGCGAGCAAGCAAGGUGACGAUGUCUUUCACGCGUACUACGGCGGUAUAGCCUCUGCUGACGGAACGGAGGUGUACUUCCUCGGCAUGGUGGACUGCCUCACUACCUACAGCAUAAAGAAGGUCGGCGAGCACUUCAGCAAGUCCGUGCUGCUGCAAGACAUGAAAAAAAUUAGCUGCGUCCCACCGUCAGUCUACCGGUCACGAUUUUUGAACUUUAUGCGCACAGUCAUUGAUGGUUGA